CUCAAUCCCAACUCAUCCCAUCAACCAAACCCAUCCCACCAACCCCCUUCCAAUCCAACGCAAACCCCAGAUCUUUCCCACCAAAAUGACCCCCCAAACCCAACCACCCAAACAAACAAAAACCCUCUUCCUAACCGGCGGCAGCGGCUUCAUCGGCACCGCGCUCAUCCCCCUCGCCAUCACCGACCACAACUACACCGUGCGAGCCCUCUCCCGCACACCCUCCAGCGACACCAAGCUCACCUCCCUGGGCGCAAUCCCCAUCCGCGGCGACCUAACCAGCCACGCCCUCCUCCGCGAGGAAACCCGCACCGCAGACGCCAUAAUCCACCUGGCGACGGCUUAUCAAUUCGGGGUGCACGCGUCCUACGACGAAGUCAAGGACAUUGAUAUGGCAGCCGUGGACGCCAUCUUCCAAGGUCUACAUGACUCCACACCAGCGGAGAAACCCUUCGUCAUCACCAGCGGAACAUUAAUCGUUGUUCCUGACCCGACGGGGAACGAAACGGAUGAGACGUCGCCGUUGGAUCCGAACCCGAUUAAUUCGCGUGGUGAAUUGGAGAGAUAUGUGCUUGAGAAGGGGGCUGAAGAACAGGGUGUGAGGGCGAUAAGCAUCCGGCUUGCACCGUACGUCUACGGGCACGGGGGGAGUGGAGUCCGACGAUGGAUGGAGAUGGCUGCUGCGAUGGGACGGGUGAUGUGUGUGGGUGGGGGCGGGAAUCGGAUCACGACGGUGCAUGUGGAGGAUGCGGCGGAGUUGUAUUUACUUGCUGCGGAGAGAGGGGGGAGGGGGGAGGUGUAUAAUGCGAGUGGGGAGACGGGGGUUACGGCCAGGGAGAUGUUUGGGGCUGUGGCGGAGAUUAUGGAUGUGGCGGUGGGGGAUAUAGGGGUGGAAGAGGCGGAGGGGAAGAUGGGGAUGGUGGUGGCGAGAUUUUUGAGUGCGAGGAGGGAGUUGGGGUGGGUGAGUAGGGGGAGGGGGAUUUUGGAGGAGAUUAAGAUGGGGUCGUAUAGGGAGGUGGUGGGGGAGGUGAAGAAGGGGAGGGCUUAG